GUAUACUUCGUUAAAUAGCAGGCACUGCCCAAGCCCGCAGUGCGCCCAGGAGUCAUGGCUGCGCUCCCAACACCGCCUUGUGCUUCUGCGGUGCGGCGGCUGCAACGCGACCUGCGUCAAUGGGCACUUGAAAAGGAUGAGCUGGGAAUACCAGCGCUGCUGCAGCAGCUCGAGCCCAAGGACGGGCUCAGCCGAGUGGCCAUUAACAUGUCGCCCAAGGUAAGCGCCGCAAAGGCCCCGAUGUGUAUGCUGUUGUAUGCAUUUCAACGUGAUAGAUUGAUCUGCCUCGAAGUUACUUCUCUUGCGUGUGGCUGACAUCACCAACCGCCCGAUUUGGGCCCCACCGGGUGGGCCCCGCCGUCCAUGUGCUGACUGGGCUCCGCCGCGACGCCCCUCCGCUGUCCCGCUGCGACGCUGUGACGAUCUCCCUUUACUUCUGCAUUGCAAAUGGUUUGCCAUCUUCUGGGGUCUGGGAAUUACUGCACCCUACGGAAAUUCACCAACCUGCCUUGACACUGUCCCAUCGCACACCCUUUACUUCUGCAUCCUCCCCUUCACCCAAUCUCCCCCGCUUUCAGGAGGGUCCGUUCGCGGACUGCGUGUUCCACCUGCACGUCACGUUCCCGCCCGACUACCCGCACCGCCCCCCCGACGUUCGGCUGAUGGAGGCCCCGCCCGGCUUCACCCACCCCAACAUAUUCCGCGGCUGGCACUCCCCGCUCACUGGAGAUAGCGAUGGCUACUACAUAUGCCUGGACAUGAUUAAGCUGAACGCCCUUGCGGGGCCAUACAAGCGAGCUGUGCUGCUGCGUUGCUGUGGUGUGGUGUGAACGUCCGUGUCAUGCCUCAAGUCCUAAAGCGCAUGUGCCAGAACGAGCCAAAAUGUGGAACGACGACGUGGCUUGACUGGAGGUUCCCUAGCUUACCGCCAUCACAAGGCUUCGUGCUGCAUGAUGGGCAGCCCGAGGUGGAAGAAAAGCGCCCCCACCCGUACACCUCCGAACCGUUGCUCACACAUCCGCCCCGUGUCCCUUGCGCUCCCGUUUCCGGCCCUUCCCUUCCCUCCGUCCCUCAGGGCUGGAGCGCUGCGUACGACGUUUGCGGCCUCGUACUGCAGCUGUACGGCUUCCUGCUGGCGGACGACUCCAUUGACCAGGAGUACGGCCAUGCCGUGGCACGAACCCACCACCUCCCGGGAGCCCCGACCCCGGCGCCCGCAGACCCCGCCGCAGCAGCCCCGUUGCAGCCGGCCCCUCAGCAGCAGCGGCAGCAGCAGCAGAAUCAGGGCGUGGGCGGGGGCGGGUUGCGGCGUGCCCUGACCUGCUCAUGCGGCUUCCACGAGAGGCCGCGGCUGUUCUCGCCAUCAGCAGCUGGCCUGAGGCCAUCGGUGUCAGCAGCCGCUGCUGCGGCAGCUGAGGUGCCGCCGCCGACUGCCGGCGGCGGCGCCGUCACCGACACCGCCGCUGGCGGACCAGGGUCCAGCGGCAGCGGCGGAGUAAGCAGCAGGUUACUGGCACCUAGCAGCGCAGUCAGCAGUGGCGGCACGGCCUCGUCAGCGGCAGCGGCGGCGGCAACGGAGGCGGCGGCGGAGGCGGCGGUGGAGGCGGCAGCGGAGGCGGCGGCGGAGGCGGGUAACGAGGCGGCGGCCGCCCCACAGCAUCUGCCUGACCUCCCGAUGGAGAUCAUCCACAAGAUCUUCACACACGCCGACGCCGGCACCGUCAGCAAGGCCGCAAGCGGCGCCGCUGCUGCAGGCGCCGCAGCAGCUGCUGGCACCGUCACUGCUGCUGCUUCCACCGCCAGCGCUGCCUCUGCGCCGCCUGCCGGCGCCGCCGGCGCCGCCGCCGCCACCACCGCCGCUGCCUUGGGGUGGGCCUCUGCUUCCCCCACUACUGCUUCCGCUGCCACUGCUGCUUUGCAAGCCCCGCCCGCGCACCUGCUGCUGCUGUCGGACGCGGCCCUGCGCGCCAAGCAGGAGGCCGAGCUGGUGUGCUUCUUCAGCAAGACGCCGCCGGGCGCCGCAACCUGGAUCAGCCGCCGCCAGAACGAUGGCGACGGCGGCGGCAUCGCCCAGGCCGCCAGUGCCGCCGCCGGCGCAGCCGCCGCCGCGCCGGCGUGGCGUCGAGUCGAGGCAAACCGCAGCAGCCCUGCGCGGAGUUCCAGCGGAGCUCCGGCCGCCGCCGCCGGCCCCGAUACCGUCCUGAGUGCGCUGUUUACUGCUGGCGGCGGGGCCGGCCGCGGCGCCGCCACUGCCACCGCAGUAGUGCCGCCAGAGCAUGACGUGCUGGGCGUGGGCGUGAGCGUGGAGUGGCACGAACACGACGGCAACUUGCGGCGCCUGUCCAUGACGCACGACAUGUUGUCGCUCGCGGCCUUCGCAGCCGAUGGCGUGCGGCGCUCCGCCUGGAACCAGCCCUUCAACGCCUUCCUGCCGCUGGCAGUCAACGCGGCGCACGGCCGCGCGGCGCUGCGCGUGCUGCGCCACAGCGUGGCGGCCAUGCUGCGCCUGCCGCACGCGCGGCACGUGCGUGCGGAGCACCUGCUGGACGUGGUUGCCCGGCUCAUGAACAGCCUGGUGGUGGACAUAUGCACGCCGCCUGAGAAGCAUGACCAGCAGCAGAAGCCGCAGGGCCAGCACGGGUAUGCGCUGGGCGGCAGCCAGCAGGAGCGGUCGGUGCCGCGGCACAUGUCGGACGCGGCGCUGCAGUCCUUCUGCCACCUGCACCACCUGCUGCUCGCCCUGGUGGUGGAGGACGGCGACGGUGGCGACGGCGGCAGCGGCAGCAAGGGCGGCAAGGGAAGUGGAGGCGGUGGCCGGGGCUGGAGCGGAGGCGGCGGGCUGGGGCGGGCGCUGCUGGACGUGGCGGCGCGAGAUGUGGAGGUGUUCAUGUCAGAGCCGGCGGCACGCAGCAAGGCACACUGCCCGGAUCUGGGGCUGCUGCUGGUCAAGUUUCUGUUGGUGCCGCGGGACGCCGCCCCGUGGGACGUCUUCGCGCCGGCCUUCCUGCGCGAGCUGCUGGCGAGGCAGGUGCGCUGGGUGGUGAAGGAGCUGGCGCAGCAGGGGCGGCCGGCGGCCGCGGCCGCGGUGGCGGCGCCUGCAGCGAGCGCAGGCGGCCGUGGCGGCGGCGGCGGCGGCGGCUACGGUGGAGGCGCGGCGGCUGCCGCCGCGUUUGAGCGGCCGUGGGAGGGCGGCGGUGACUGCCGCCUGCUCACGGGUGCAGCGGCGGCGGCCGGCGGCAGCAAGGCGGCCAUGGCGGCGGCGGACGCAAUGCGGCUGCGGCUGCACUUUGAGCACGCGCGCACCAGCCUAUCGCUUGUGGCGCUCCAGGCCUUCUUCGCCAACAGCCUCGCGCGGCCCUCCAACUCCGCGGACGCGAUGCGGCAGCUGGCGGCAAACAAGGCGUCCUACGACUCGCGCAACGGCUCCCCGCCGGCGCCGGUCUUCGAGGCCUUCAACGCCCACGCGCGCUCCGUGCUCGCGUUUCGCGGCUGGUUGGAUUUCCUGGCGGCAAUGCGCAUGGGCGUCUCGCAGGCUGCGGCUGCACAGGACGUGGCGGCGGCGGCGGCGGCCGCGGCUGAGGCGGCUGAGGCGACUGCAGGCGCGGCAACCGCCGUUCCGGCAGCAGCAACAGCACCGUCAGGUGACCGUGCCGCGCCGGCGGCGACGGUUACGCUUGGCGACAUUGCGCACGUGAUGGCGGACACACUCCGGCAGGCGGUGGUGGAGGCGCACCGGGCGGGAUACCAGGGCGGCAGCGGGCGGGGCAGCGCCGGCCGUGGCGGCAGGGGCGGUGUCGGUGGUGGUGGGGGCAGGGGCAGCGGCGGCGGUCGUGGGAGCAGCCGGUGCGACGACAGCCAGGCGGGCUGGCAGCAGGUGCAGCCGCCGCCGCGGCCAUGGCACGUCAACUUUGUGGACUGGGACGGGGCCACGCCGCCGCUACUGGUUGUGGAGGUGGGCGGUGAGUGGUGACGCGCCGGCAUGCAGCAGAUAGGGGCGGGUCGCACGCAAGUUGUGCGCUGGCCGUGAUGGCUUGCUAGGUGGCAUGCGGCCAGAGGGCGAUUGGUCUAUCGAAGUUGGACGCUCGGGCCGUUAGUUGCUUGAUGCCUUGAUGGGCAGGGCGGCUUGCUUGAUUGGCGUAAUUGGCGUGGUGCCGCUGCUGCGCGCAAACACAACUGGGCACGGGCGAGGGGACUUGCCGAAAAGCGCAGCAUUGGGGCUGCAGCGCGCGCUACCACAUGUGCUAGCUAGGGUGGCUGCGCACAUGAAGAGGUUGCUAUCUGGUGGCCGUGGGGGCUUGAGAAGGCGAUGCUGUCUCAGUCCCAGCACAAAUGCGUGCUCAGCUGCUGAUGAGAGACGACCGCCCUCCAUCCUGCACCGCCUCCCCUGCAUGUGAGAGGUGAAUGGAAGUUACUGCUGGGAGGCACGCAAGUAUCUUGGUAUACACGUUGUACAAGUCCUAGGCCUCUUCCCGAGCGAGGGGGAGCUCCGCAUGGGAGGCGGGUCGCGGUCGGGCAGGUUUUGCGAAACGGCGCGCUGUUUUAAUCGCAAACACUGAUAAUUGAUGCUAUGAAUGCAUACAUAGGCAGAGCAAGACGCCAGCUUCGCGCUCAAAAAGGCGGGAAGUCCCCAGCCAUGACUUUUAAAACCCUCAUCCUUAGCCCUAAAUCAGCAAUGUAAUAGGAGAUACGUAAAAUGAGUGGCCGGCGCGGGCAGCACAAGGAGCUGGAGCUCGCGGCAUUGCGAUGCGCGCGCGAGGUUGUGACCGAGGUCCCCAGGCUUUUUGACGCUGCUGCCGAGGUGCGUACUGUACCUGGCAUAAUAGGAGUACAUUCGAGCGCGUGUGGUUUUCUACCGUCGGGAC